CCAAGUUCUUGGAAGUUUGGUAAAUUGACGUGGAAGUUAGGUGUUAAAAACAUAUUUAAUCAUGCAAAAAGGCAUGUUUUCGAAAUUCAGCACUCUUAUACAACAAGCAGUGGAUUCGUUUUCUUCAGAUGUUACUUUGCUGGAAGAGUUUGUUUAUCAUUGGAAGUCUGUUACUAACUAUUUUGUUAAUAGCAAAGAUGCCCGAUGUCCCAUUGAGCAGACGCGGAUUCCCGUCCAUGUUGAACAGAUGAUGCACAUUCUUUCCCAAGAGGAGGAGGAGUCAAACGGCAGUGGCACCACUGGACCGUGUCUGGAGUACGUUCUGCAGCACAAGCUGAUGGAAACUCUCUACACACUGGGACGAACUGAUCAUCCACCAGGAAUGAAGCAGAUUGUCCUGAUAUUUUUCACCAAGCUGCUGUCCCGGAUUAAGCAUCCACUGUUACCGCACAUCAACGUUCACAGAGCCGUGCAGAGACUGGUUAAAACCUGUGGAGAAACAAAGGCAGCACCAUCAGAGAAGGAAGAAAUUGAAUAUCUUUGUACAGUGUGUUCCAAGAUUAAAUCGGACCCAUAUCUGAUCAACUUUUUUAUUGAGAUACCUAGAAAGAACACACAAAAUGCUGGGAAGAAAUUGCCAGCUGACCAGUCUACAAUACAGUCAAAACUAUCUGCAGGAAGACAAGACUUUUCACUUGUCAAUGCUUUAUUGGUGUUGUCUCGUAGUGAGGAUGCGAGAGUGGCUGUGAAAGCUUGUGAGGGUCUGAUGUUGUGUGCCAGUCUCCCCACUCAAUGCGCUGCACAGUGUAUCUGUGACCACACCAACUUCUGUGACGACCUUGCCGAACGUCUCUGUGAGCUCUACGAUGCCCUGCCAACCAUGAUAAGUCCUGUAGAUAUUGACACAGUUAGUGCCAAAUGGGGCCUGGAUGUCAUAACCGAGAGAGAAGACCACCAGUCGUUUAGGGGAAAACGGACUCUGACAUCAUUCAUCUCAUGGCUUGACUACUGUGAUCAGCUCAUUGCCAUGGCCAACCCCUUGGUAGCAGGGGCCCUGGCCAAGUCCAUUCACAACAAGCUGCUCAUUGGCAAAGUCCAGCAUAACAUUUUACAAACGUGUGAGACUAGUGCCAUCAUUGCUACAGCAUACCUGACCAGGUGUCUGAGGACAGUGUGUUCCACACCUCUUCUCUCAGAAUUUUGUCAUUUCAUCUUGGGUCGUGACUCCAUGCCAGAGCAAGAUGACGGGGAAUCUCAUGAAUUAAGACACGUUCUUAUUGAAAGGUGUAAUCAUGUGUCAGAAGAGGUGUGUGUGAUAACACUGAAACUCUUUGACAUACUGCUUCAACAGGAAGAUGAGUUUAUUCUGCAUAAUCUGGUACUAAGAAAUCUUCUCGGUCGCUCUUACCUCAGUCCAGACUUCACAGAAGGUUUGGCUGCAGCUCCUUUGACCGACAUCAAUCUGGACCAGAUGAUCCCCAAGUCACUAGUUGACAUGCAGACUUCAGACACACCCGCAAACAAUUCACUUGUUUCUGGUCUAGAUCCAGCAGCAGAAGAACAGCAGCAGAAGGUUUCCACUUCUGGAUCUAAUGAUGACAUUCUGCAGCAGACUACACAGGAUCAGGUUGCAGAAAAUGAAAACCAAUCAUGUGACAGUCAUGUUACAUCAGAGAACAUAAAUGGGUCAGCUUUUGGUUCCUCGCCAACUGAUACAGCAGGUAAAGGUGAUCAAAGUGCGUCUGGUCCUCAGCAUCAUGAAGGAGAUUCCACAUUGUGCAGAUCACAAGAAACUGGUGUGUCACGUUCUUCUGAUGGUGAUGCAGUACUUGACAGCAUAAUACCUCAGCCAGCAUCUAGUGGUCUGGUGUCAGUGACUUCACUAGAAUUACCUCCUUCACCAACAGUGCCUUUGUCUCUUCCAUUUAAUCGACCUGAAGUUCAUAAGGUAGUCAACAGUUUCCUGAGUAUUUUGCCGGAGGAAGCGAAGUCGUCAUACCAGACGGCAGAUGGUGGCUAUGACAUGUACCUCCGAGAUGCCAGUACCGAGUUUGCUGUGGUGGAAACUGGCUGCAAAUCCUGGAACUGGCCAUUAGAAGCUGUGCGACUUCCUGAAAACGAAAUGAAGACCUUUUUUGAAGGAAGCUUUCUGAAAAUGUUGUUUAAUAGACUCAUGCGACUCCUUGAUCAGUCUUAUUCUAUAAAUCUGCUGUUGACGUCGGUGAUAUCUCGGAUUGUGUUAAUGCCUCACCCAAAUCUGCAUGAGUUCUUCCUCAACCCUUUCCUCCCAGUCAAAGCAGAGGUCAGAACUUUGACUUCUGUCCUUACUAAGGUGUCCAAUGAAAUUAAGGUUUAUCUGAAGAUUGAACCACAAUUCUUUGAUAAGUUAGUGUUUGCCAGAAAACAACUUUUGGGCAUGUCCGAGACAUUAAUCAGUUUACGGACAUCAGUUAACCAAACGGAUUGGUUUGAUGACCAGACCCAAAUGGAAGCAAUCAUUGUUCUUGAAGAAUUCUGUAAAGAAUUGUCCGCCAUUGCUUUUGUAAAGCACCAUGCUGCUGUAACCAAGUGCUAACAAACUGGAUAUCAGUGGAUAUUUGGAUUGAUUGAUAAAAUUAUUAUAUUAGCAAUUGUUUCAUUCAUAUAUAUAUGUGUGUGUAUAUAUAUAAUAUAUCUUAUGAGCUCAGUUGCCUUAAUUGGCUUGAUGUCUGUAGGUAAUUAGAACAAUCAUAUUUGUUGAUUGUAGAACUGGUUAUAGUCUGUUGCUUUAUAUAUGUUGAGUCUCUUUGUACAUUCUACAAUGUAGAAGAGAUAUUUUUCUGUUUAUGUCAGUAGAAUAGAAAAUAAGGUUUACUUUUGAAGGCUAGAAAACCUGUUAUGGUACAUGUAUUAUUAUGUGUUUUUUAAUAGUCUCUGCAUGUUCAGUUGGCAGGUGUGUUUAGAAUUGCUUCUUACAAAGUUCUGUUUGUGUUGAAGGUAACUAGUGUCAUUUUUAUCAUUUUUUGUGUACUUCCUUGGCAUAUCAUUUCUUGAUAACUGAUAAAAUGUUGGAUAAUGUAGAUACAGAAUUUAAUAGAUACAGCAGGUAUUAAAGAAGACAGCUAAAGUGCAAUAUGAGUUAAAUAGUAAUGCAUAUUAUACUAUUACUAAGGUUUAUGCAUUUUAUUUUAAUAUAUAAUACUUGAUUAAUUCAGAAAUUAAUAUGUAAAACAUGAGACAAAAUGUUGGUGUCUUAAACUAGUGGAUAUCUGUUUUCUGUUUGUAUUACAUACCUGUUCAAUCUUACUAUACUAAUACAAACAUCAAAUCCGUGCAAUAAAAUAAUCUGUAUUAGCACAUGUGCAAUCCGGACCGGAACUUUUAUACGGGGAAUCCCCUUUUUGUUUUUACUGCAGUUAGCGCCUGACGUCAUAUAUGAUUUACAAAUGACGUCACAUCGUAUUUGAAAUAUUACACAGGGCUGCCCCAGAGUAUGA